AUGGGCAGGGAUGGGGACGGGAUUGGGGACAGGGACAUCGGGAAUGGGGACAUCAUCAAGGACAGGGACCCUUUUAGGGACAGGAACCUUCAGGAUCCUCCUGAGAACGGGGAUAACAUCAGGAAUGGGGACAGCUUUGGGGACAGGGGGACCAUUGGGGACAGUGACCCCUCAGUGGCCGGCGCCCCUCCCCCGCUGGCCGAGCUGGUGGCCACCGCGUACUCUUCGCUGGCCCAGCGGGUCCUGAGCAGCCCCAGCCCCGUUUGGGAUCGGGAUCUGGAGCGGGGCCUGACCCUACUGCGAUCCCAAAGCCACCCCGUGGCCGGGCUGCCCGUGGCCGUGGCCACUCUGCUGCUGGCCAAAGCCACCUCCACGCUGGCCCAGGUGGCCUCRGGGCUCGGCCGCUCGCCGGACGCCGUCCUGGGGAGAAAAGGAAAAUCCCAAAUGGAAAAUGUGGAAAACGAAAAACCCCAAACGGAAAAUGUGGAAAUUUGGGGGAAAAGGAGCAGCCGGGAGAGGGGGGGGAUCCCCCGAAGAGGAAUUUUGGAGGAAAAGGGGAUUUGGGAAUUUUCGGAGGUCGAGGAGCGGGACCCCCUGAGGGCCCCCGAGGAGGAGGAGGAGGGAGACCUGAGCUUGGAGCUGUUCUCGCUGCCCCAGGAUGAGACCAUCGAGGACAUCCCAGAAAAUGAGGACAACGAGGACAACGGGGACAGCGGAGUGACCCCAAAUCCAGCGGGAUCCAUCCCCUCCGCCCAGCCCAGUGUCCCCACACUGUCCCUCGUGGUGUCCCUGCUCCGUGAUGGCCUCUCCUGGAUCUGUCACUGUCCCCCAGGGUCCCUGUACCGCCGCCUGUGCCAGCUGCUGGCGCUGGCCCUCGGGGACAGGGACCCGCUGGCGGUGGCGGCGCUGCUGGCAGAGUCCCUGGGUGUCACCGCGCGUCACCAGCUGCUGGCCAGCGCCCGCGCCCGCCAACGGAAGCAGCGCAAGGAGGCAGCAAUGGGAGGAGGCGGUGACGGCUCGGAGCAGCUGUGGGGCCGGGACCCUCUGCCACCCCAAACCCAACCCCAAACUGAACCCCAAUCCCAAAUCCAAACCCAAACCCAAACCCAACCCCAAAUUCUCGACGAGCUCGAGGAGCUUUUCCAGUUCGGCCCCGCGGGGUUGGAGCCGCAGCGGUUCCGGGAGCAGCUCCGGGAAAUUCCCGAAGGUGUCACCGUGGUCCAGCUGUCCCUGGCCAGUGCCACCCCCGAUGGUUUUGGGGCCGCGCUGCUCCUGACGCGCCUGGAGAGGGACAGGGAACCGCUGAGCGUCCGCAUCGGGACCGGGAACGGACGGGCCCCGUUGAGCUCCAUCCUACAGGAACUCGACCUGAUCCAGCGGGGUCAGCGCGAGGCCAACGGGGUCACGGACCGUCAGGAGUGGUGGGAGCGGAGAUUGCAGCUGGACCAGCGCAUGGAGGUGGGGAGACCCCAAAAACCCCAAAAACUACGGGAAAACAACGGGAAAACGGGCACGGCCACGCUCCGGAACGUUCCGGUGACGCGGCUGCCGGGGCUGCGCUUCCUCCUGCGCCACGGCCGCGCCCUAAAGCGCUCGGGGUCGGUGCUGAACCGGGGGGUGAACCCCAAAAGCACCUUCUACGUCCUGAACCCACAGCGGGACCUGGGCGGCACCGAGGAGCGCUUCCGGGGGUGGUUUGAGAGUGAGCCAGGCUGGCAGGGGGUGUCGGGGGCCGCCCCCACCCCACAGCAGAUGAAGGAGGCGCUGCUGGAGCACGAUCUCUACAUGUGA